CACACAAGAACAUUUUAGGAUAGAGGGAAGACCUGAGUAUGGCUGGAGUUUAGGCUUGCCAGUCCUCGAAGGCGCUGGGUGAGACAACGUGUUUAGGUCAGAGGAUUCGGCUGACACUGAAAGACUCCAAGUGGGAAGCUAACCCUGCUGCAUAAAGUACACACCAGAUUACGUAAAUCAACAAUGGGAGCCAUCGGUCAUGCUAAAAAGAAGAAACCAGAAGCCAAGAUGGGCGAGACCAAAUAAUUACAGCGAUGAUGUGCAUUCUACUUGGUUAAUGCAAGAAAUGCUCUACUACUUGCAUUUCUGCCUUAUGUCUUCGAUUUUGGGGCACGGUAACUCUCGGGCAUUCAAAAAGGAGAAAGAAGGGGGAUGCCCCCCCCCCCCCCAGGUAGAAAAGAGAACGUGGGGAAGCCGCCUCCCGGGAGAAGCUGCAGACGGCGGCCGCGGGGCUCCGGUCGUAGCUAGGCUGACAGGACCGCGGCUCGAGCACCCGCUCCUGAAGGCUCCCCCGGAGGCUCCCGGCGGCUCCCGAGCUGCUCUCAGAUUUCCAAACAGAACGGAAGCCCGACUCCGGCUGGCUCCGCGGGUUCUCCAGCCCGAGGACAGGAGGAGGCCACCCUGGAAGCACGUUCGCGCCGCGUCUGGCCGCCUGCCGAACGCGGUCAAGGCCCUCGCGCUCUCAAAGGCCGGUCGUGGGCUUCACACCCCCGGCGCCGGGACCCGCGCUCGGUCCCCAGCGCUGCAUCCGGGCCGCCAGCCGGGUCGCGACCACCGCGCAGGCGCGGAGGCCCCCAGCCCCGGAAGGGCUCCUCUGGCCCGCGCGGCGGUUGCCAGGGCGACGGGAGCUGCCCCGGCCGCCGAUCCUCCUCGGGAGACGCGGUACCGGUCGCCUCUUGCGGGCUCUGACCGCCGCGGUCACGGCGGUUCUCACGAUGUUCUUCUACCUGAGCAAGAAAAUGAUGCAAAACUGAGGGGUCUUGCAGCACCCAGUAAUCUUUCCAUGAAUCAGACGCUUGAAGGGCACAGUGGUUCUGUCCAAGUGGUCGCAUGGAAUGAACAGUACCAGAAAUUGACAACCAGUGACCAGAAUGGGCUUAUCAUUGUGUGGAUGUUGUAUAAAGGCUCUUGGUAUGAGGAGAUGAUCAACAGUCGGAACAAAUCAGUGGUUCGCAGUAUGAGCUGGAACGCCGACGGCCAGAAGAUCUGCAUUGUGUAUGAGGACGGGGCUGUGAUCGUCGGUUCUGUGGAUGGGAAUCGUAUUUGGGGUAAAGAACUGAAGGGUAUACAGCUAUGCCAUGUAGCAUGGUCCACAGAUAGUAAAAUCUUACUUUUUGGAAUGGCAAAUGGAGAAAUACACGUUUAUGAUAAUCAAGGAAAUUUUAUAAUUAAGAUGAGGCUGAGUUGCUUGGUGAACGUCACCGGAGCAAUCAGCAUUGCUGGGAUUCACUGGUACCAUGGCACGGAGGGCUAUGUGGAGCCGGAUUGUCCCUGCCUUGCCAUUUGCUUUGACAAUGGGAGAUGCCAGAUAAUGAGGCAUGAGAAUGACCGAAACCCUGUUCUGAUAGAUACGGGCAUGCAUGUGGUCAGUAUCCAGUGGAACCACACUGGCAGCGUACUGGCGGUGGCUGGCUCCCAGAAAGUGGUCACUCAGGACAAAGAUGUAAACACGGUGCAGUUCUACACUCCGUUUGGUGAGCAUCUGGGUACUCUGAAGGUUCCUGGAAAGCGGAUGUCUGCACUCUCGUGGGAAGGAGGUGGGCUGAAAAUUGCUCUGGCUGUUGAUUCCUUCAUUUAUUUUGCAAACAUUCGACCUGAUUAUAAGUGGGGCUAUUGCUCAAAUACUGUAGUUUAUGCGUAUACCACGCCGGAUCGUCCUGAGUACUGUGUUGUCUUCUGGGAUACAAAAAACAAUGAGAAGUAUGUUAAAUAUGUGAAGAGUCUCAUUUCUGUUACCACCUGUGGCGAUUUCUGCAUUUUGGCUACGAAAGCUGAUGAAAGCCAUCCUCAGGAGGAGGAUGAGACGGAGACCCUUGGCGCAAUGUUUGUGCUAGUUCUUUGUAACUCCAUUGGCACACCCUUGGAUCCCAAGUACAUUGAUAUUGUACCACUAUUUGUUACAAUGACCAAAACCCAUGUUAUAGCAGCUUCGAAAGAAGCAUUUUAUAUCUGGCAAUAUCGUGUGGCAAAGAAGCUCAUGGCAUUGGAAAUUAAUCAGAUCACACGACCUCGACGAGAAGGGAGAGAAAGAGUUUAUCAUGUUGAUGACACCCCUUCCGCAUCAGUGGAUGGGGUACCUGAUUAUAGUAAAGCCAUUCAAGGCACAAGAGAUCCAAUUUGUGCAAUAACUGCAUCUGAUAAGACAUUGAUUGUGGGUCGUGAGUCUGGCACCAUUCAAAGAUACAGUCUUCCUAAUGUUGGGUUGAUUCAAAAGUACUUUCUUAAUUGUCGAGCCUACAGGUUAUCUUUGAACUGCAACUCUAGCCGUCUUGCUAUCAUAGAUAUCUCAGGAGUUCUAACUUUCUUUGACUUGGACUCUCGGGCAAUGGACAGUACAGGACAGCAAGUAAUUGGCGAGCUAUUAAAACUGGAGCGGAAAGAUGUUUGGGAUAUGAAGUGGGCCAAGGACAACCCUGAUCUCUUUGCAAUGAUGGAGAAGACAAGAAUGUAUGUUUUCAGAAACUUGGAUCCUGAGGAACCCAUUCAGACCUCCGGAUAUAUUUGUAACUUUGAGGAUUUAGAAAUUAAAUCUGUUCUUUUGGAUGAGAUAUUAAAGGAUCCAGAACACCCAAACAAGGAUUAUAUGCUCAACUUUGAAAUUCGGUCCUUGAGAGAUAGUCGAGCCUUGCUUGAGAAGGUUGGGAUAGAAGAUGCAUCUCAGUUCAUAGAGGACAACCCACACCCCAGACUGUGGCGCCUGCUGGCGGAAGCAGCUCUUCAGAAGCUGGACUUAUGCACUGCAGAGCAAGCAUUUGUGCGCUGCGAAGAUUACCAAGGCAUCAAGUUUGUAAAGCGCCUGGGGAAUCUGCAAAGCGAGGCCAUGAAGCAAGCUGAAGUUGUUGCCUAUUUUGGCAGGUUUGAAGAGGCGGAAAGAAUGUAUCUUGACAUGGACAGAAGGGACCUUGCUAUUGGCCUCCGGCUGAAGUUGGUGGACUGGUUUAGAGUGCUCCACCUCCUGAAAACUGGAUCAGGUGUUGCAGACGACAGUCUCCUUGAACAAGCUCACAAUGCCAUUGGAGACUACUUUGCUGACCGACAGAAGUGGUUGAAUGCUGUGGAAUAUUAUGUGCAAGGCCGGAACCAGGAGCGCUUAGCUGAAUGCUAUUACAUGUUAGAAGAUUAUGAGGGAUUGGAGAGCCUUGCCAGUUCACUGCCAGAAAACCACAAGUUGCUUCCGGACAUAGCGCAGAUGUUUGUGAGAGUUGGAAUGUGCGGGCAGGCCGUGACUGCCUUUCUGAGAUGUAACCAGCCGAAGGCCGCUGUAGAUACUUGCGUGCACCUCCACCAGUGGAACAAAGCUGUUGAAUUGGCUAAAAGUCAUAACAUGAAAGAAAUUGGAUCUCUGUUAGCUAGAUAUGCAUCGCAUUUACUGGAAAAAAAUAAGACUCUUGAGGCCAUAGAACUCUAUCGAAAGGCCAGUUACUUUUUUGAUGCUGCUAAGCUGAUGUUUAAGAUUGCCGAUGAGGAGGCGAAGAAAAGAGCUAAACCGCUGCGAGUGAAGAAGCUCUACGUGCUGGCAGCCCUGCUCGUGCAGCAGCACCAGGAGCAGGUGAAGAGCGCCCAGCGAGGGAAGGCCGGAGGGGAGAGUUCCGAGGCCGCUUCUGCUUUGGCUGGUUUCCUGGAAGAGGAAGUCCUGCCCACGGCUGGCCGGUUCACAGACAGCGCGUGGAGAGGGGCCGAGGCGUACCACUUCUUUGUGCUUGCUCAGCGGCAGCUGUAUGAGGGCUACGUGGACACUGCACUGCAGACAGCUUUUCACCUGAGAGACUAUGAAGACAUUAUCCCUGCCGUUGAGAUCUACUCUCUGUUAGCACUGUGUGCGUGUGCCAGUAGAGCUUUCGGCACUUGUUCAAAAGCUUUUAUUAAACUGGAAUCUUUAGAGACCCUGAGUUCAGAACAGAAACAGCAAUAUGAAGAUCUUGCUCUAGAAAUCUUCACCAAGCAUACUCCAAAAGAUAACAGGAAGUCUGAAUUGGACAGCCUUCUUGAAGGUGGAGAAGGGAAGCUGCCCACGUGUGUGGCCACGGGAAGGCCCAUCACCGAGUACCAGUUCUGGAUGUGCAGUGUGUGCAGGCACUGUGUGCACGCUCAGGAGAUCAGCAGCUGUGCCUUCUGUCCCCUGUGCCACAGUGCAGUGGGGUAAGCACAGAUACCAUGGCUAAGACCCAGAAACCACAGUCCUUCGGAAAGAUGUCCAAACGGGUAAGUGGAGCAGCCCCACUGCCUUGAUAACGGGGGAGAGAUUUUGCUUGUGAUGGCGCACUUACUUUGGAAAAGAUUGGACCUUUCUCCUGCAUUUCAGCAUAUAGUUACGCUUAAGACUCAGCAGUCUUACUCAUAUGAAUUUACUUAGGAGAAAUCAAACAGAAAAACUUGCAUGCAGAUGAGUUUUAUUUAUAAUAGCCAAAAAUUGGAAAAAAGCCCCACUUGUGUGAAAGAAGCCAUCAGUAUAUGAAUUUGUAGCACACUGUAGUAUAAACACAGUGAAUUACUGCUGGGCCAUAAAAAGGAAUAAACUGAUACAUGUAACAGUAUGAAUAACUCUCAAAAGCACUGAGACAAGUGAGAAAAGCCAGGAAGAAAUGACAACUGAUUUUAUGAUGUUAUUUAUAUGAAAUUCUAGGAACAAAAUCACAGUGAUAGGAAGUAGUGCCUGAGGUGUGUGUGUGGGGGGAAGACUGAUUCAGAGGGUGCAAAGGAACACGGGGGAUGGAAAGGCGCCUUGGUCUCGGUGCACCUUUGUCACAACAUCAGAGUGGACGCUGAACAGUGGGGCUUUUCAUUCUUAAAGUAAGGCAUUUCUAUUUUAGUGGAGUUUAAGAGAAGGAAAAGAAACAGGCGAAACUGAAUAGAAAUAAACUGCUCUAUUAUAAAAAGAACUCUUAAGAGAGUUCUCUAAAAAAUAAAAGCAGUAUAAAUCAUACCUUAAUAAAGCUGAUUAAUAAAACAAAAAUGAAGUUAAUAAGGAAAAAUGCCAUAAUAACCACCUAGUUAAAGGAAUGCAGAAAAAGAAAGCAUAGAUGAGAUAACUAGAAAAUAGAAAAGUGGCAAACUUAAACCCAGCUAUACUGAUAAUUAAAUGCAGAAGGACUAAAUAAUUUAAACACAUUUUUCAAAAUAGAUUUUGAAAAGCAAAGAUAGGUUAAAAGAGGGCUGGGGAUUUUAGCUCAGUGGUUUCGCUGCCUGCCUUGCAAGCGCAAGGACCCGAGUUCAAUCCCUGGUACCAAAAAAAAAAAAAAAAACUACACACA